GUGCGCAUGCCCAGUGGCGCAGGGAAGUGGCGGCGGCUGGGAAGAACAGGGCGAGCCCGGGGCGCCGGGUCCUGCGGCUGCGCGGGCUGGGGUCACCGCGGUUUGGGAAAUGCUAGCCUGAGCCUGGGGUCCAGGCAUGGAAUUCCUGACGGCCUCCCAGCCCCCUCCAGGGCCUCCGGCCAUGGACCUGGAGGAGCCCAGGGAUGCCCUUUCCUCUCAGGACCCCACCCCUGACUGCCAGUGGGACCCGCCGCUGGGACACCCCAGCAGCCUGAGUCAGAUGGAACUGGACGGGCCGAGUAUCCAGGACCUGGUGCAGCAGUUUGAGGCUCUGCCGGGUGAUCUAGUGGGCCUGUCCCCGGAGGGACCCCCCUGCCCCCUGCACAUUGCCACUGGCCGCGGCCUGGCCCCCCAGGACGUCGCCGAUGCCCAUGGGCUGCUGUCCGCCGAGGCCGGCCGGGACGACCUGCUGAACCUUUUGCGCUGCGAGGAGUGCUCUCCUUCCUGUUCGUGUUCCGAGGAGCCCCUGGACCCUGCUCCUCACCUUUUGCAGCCCCCCGAGGCCCCGGAGGAGGAUCCCGGCCCCCCGGAAUGGACAGAGGGAGCGUCUGCCGAGCGACGUGGCAGCAGAAGCUCGAGCAGCUCCCCGGAACCCUGGCUGGAGACUGUGCCUCUGGUGGCUCCUGCAGAGCCACCGGCCAGCGCCCAGAGCCCCGAGACCCUGGCAUCAUGCCCUGCCCUCCAGGAGGUGCCCGGGCCGUGUGACCACGAAGACCUCCUGGACGGCGUCAUGUUCGGGGCCAAGUACCUGGGCUCCACGCAGCUGCUGUCGGAGCGCAGCCCGCCGCCCAGCGCGCGCAGGGCGCAGGCGCAGGAGGCGGUGGAGCGCGUCCAGGCCCCCGACGGGGAGAGCCAGCCCAUGACGGAGGUGGAGCUCUUCGUCUCCACCCGGCGGGUCAAGGUCCUGACGGCCGACGCGCAGGAGGCGCUGAUGGACCACAGCCUGCGGAGCGUCUGCUACGUCGCCGACGUCGGCCGCGUGCUCGUGCUCAUGGCGCGGCGAGGGCGCGCCCGGCGCGCGGCCCCCUCGGCGCGCGGCCCCCCGCUCUGCAGGAUGAUCUGCCACGUCUUCCACUGCCAGGACGCCCAGCUCAUCGCUCAGGCCAUCGGCCAGGCCUUCGCCGUGGCCUACAGCCAGUUCCUGCGGGACAGCGGCCUCGACCCCAGCCGGGCCGCCCCGCAGAGCCAGGCCGCGGGCCCGGGCCACCUCCACAACGGGGACCUGGACCACUUCUCCAACAGCGACAACUGCAGGGAGGUGUGCAUCGAGAAGCGCCGGGGCGAGGGCCUGGGCGUGGCGCUGGUGGAGUCGGGCUGGGGGUCCCUGCUGCCCACGGCCGUGAUCGCCAACCUGCUGCACGGCGGCCCGGCCGAGCGCUCCGGGGCCCUCAGCAUCGGGGACCGCCUGACCGCCAUCAACGGGAACAGCCUGGUGGGGCUGCCCCUGGCCGCCUGCCAGGCCGCCGUCCGCGAGGUGAAGUCGCAGACGCUGGUGACUCUCAGCAUCGUCCACUGCCCGCCGGUGACCACAGCCAUCAUCCGCCGGCCGCACGCCCGCGAGCAGCUGGGCUUCUGCGUGGAGGACGGCAUCAUCUGCAGCCUGCUCCGCGGGGGCAUCGCCGAGCGUGGGGGCGUCCGCGUGGGCCACCGCAUCAUCGAGAUCAACGGGCAGAGCGUGGUGGCCACGCCGCACGCCCGCAUCAUCGAGCUGCUCACCGAGGCCCACGUCGAGGUCCACAUCAAGACCAUGCCGGCUGCCACCUACCGUCUGCUCACGGGCCAGGAGCAGCCCGUGUACCUCUGACGGCCGCCGUCGCCCCGCCGCCGUGCCUUAGCCCCCCGGCUCUGGAACUUUCUGCGGCCGGCUGGGGCCCCAAGGAU